AUGCUACUCCACCUCUGGGCCGUCACGAUCCUUAUGUGGUCCAUUGGCGUCCACAGCAAGAGUGAUCUCCAAGUCAUCUUCCAGAAUGCGGACAGUUUCAAGGGGCUCAACUUAAAUCAGCAAAAGUGCGCUGUCACGACCGUCUACUCAGCCGCCUGGGCUUCCGACUGCAAGGACAAGGCGUGUUUCUGCAACGGUCCACAGUUCAUCGCCGACAACACCGACAAAUGCCUCAUCCAGCAGGGGAAAUACUACGACGGCAUGUACAGCACCGACACAUACAACGGCAUCAUGGCCUUUUACGGGACUGAGUGUGGCUUCCAGGCCCAGUUCAAGGCGGUUAUGACCCAAAGCGUCACGUACACAAAGGCGUACGCGGCGGCAACCUCGACGCCCGGGGCUGCCAAGACUAAUGUGUCGUCGCCAUUGGUGACUGGAGGUGGGUUCCCUGGUGUGUGGCCUCGCAGAGCGAGUAGUGAUGCCCUUUUCCGUUACUGA